UGCAGAGAAAUGUGGAGAUGUUGGAUGUCACUAUGGGAGAGAAAGAGGGCUGUGUGGGUUCUGGAGUGGUUUAUGUUAAUCCACCUUCUCGUCUCCACACCCACCCCCUUCUCCCCUGAGAGAUGAGGACCACAGCAUGCCCCAGUGCCUCUCAGAUACAGGUCGUAGACCCACUAAGGCGCUAGGGGCUAUCUGAGCCUGGCACUGGCUGGCAGGGACUGCGAUCUACCUUUUAAAAAGAAUAUAAAGUUGGAGACAACAGCGAGGGACUGGCAGGUGACAGUUGGGAUCACUCUUACUACUCGGCACUAUGCGGAUGCUGGCUGAGACUUAACUUAUUCAGAUUGAACAAACUCAGAGGUUUGAUCCAGUCAACAACGAAGAGAUCCUAAAGCAGCAGGAAAAUGACUGGACAGGUGGCAGUGGAGAGCUCAGACCUUUCAGUGCACAGGCUCUCAGUGAAGACGUCCAUGGAAGAGGAGUCUGAGAGAGCUGACAGCACCAUGAGCUGUGUGCACUCUGUGUGUGACGACACUUGCUCUGAGCUGCAGAGGGUGGGCACCAUCGAGGCCCAGGGCCUGAACCCUGACAGAUCCUUCCGUGGAAGGGGAGCCAUGUCACGCCUGGUGAGCAUGGUGAUCACUCUGAGGGAAUGGGCCCACAAGAGCUUGCUAGAGGAGGAGGAACAGCGUCCCGACUCAUUCCUGGAGAGGUUCCGCGGGCCUGAGCUGCAGGUCGCACCCAGUCGCAUCAGCAACAGCCAACCCGACGGCAGCAGCACCAAAAUCAACCGACCCAAAAAGAAGUCUGAUGUGUUCAUCCUGGCACCUGCAGAUGACAUGUAUUACCGGUGGCUCUUCGUAAUUGCGACGGCUGUACUAUAUAAUUGGUGCUUCCUAGUGGUCAGGGCCUGCUUUGAUGAGCUACAGACAGACGGCUUCAUCCUGUGGCUGGUGCUGGACUACCUCUCUGACGCAGUCUACAUCCUAGACUCCUGUGUUCGGCUGCGCACUGGGUUCCUGGAGCAAGGCUUGCUAGUGAAGGACUUGCUGAAAUUACGGGACAACUACAUCCACACAACCCAGUUCAAACUGGACACCCUCUCCAUUCUUCCCACGGACCUAGCUUACAUCAUCCUGGGCAUACACAAGCCACAGCUGCGAUUCAACCGACUGCUUCGAUUCUCCCGUCUGUUUGAAUUCUUUGACCGCACUGAGACACGCACCAGCUACCCCAAUAUAUUCCGCAUCUGCAACCUAGUGCUCUACAUCCUGGUUAUCAUACACUGGAAUGCCUGCAUCUACUUUGCCAUCUCCAAGUCGCUGGGCUUCGGCUCUGAUACCUGGGUGUACCCCAACAUCACCGACCCUGAAUUCAGUUCACUGACUCGUGGAUACAUCUACUGCCUGUACUGGUCCACACUCACCCUAACCACAAUUGGGGAGAUGCCUCCACCUGUCCGGGAUGAGGAGUACCUCUUUGUAGUCUUUGACUUCCUUGUGGGCGUGCUGAUCUUUGCUACCAUCGUGGGAAACGUGGGCGCAAUGAUCUCGAAUAUGAAUGCUACACGGGCCGAGUUUCAGUCUCGCAUCGAUGCCAUCAAGCACUACAUGCAGUUCCGCAAGGUGAGCAAGGACCUAGAGGCGCGCGUCAUCAAGUGGUUCGACUACCUUUGGACCAACAAAAAGACAAUGGAUGAACAGGAGGUGCUGAAGAAUCUGCCCAACAAGCUCCGGGCCGAAAUUGCCAUUAAUGUGCACCUGGAGACGCUGAAGAAGGUGCGCAUCUUCCAGGACUGCGAGGCUGGUCUGUUGGUGGAACUCGUCCUGAAGCUGCGACCACAGGUCUUCAGUCCCGGUGACUAUAUCUGCCGCAAGGGUGACAUCGGCAAAGAGAUGUACAUCAUCAAGGAGGGUCGGCUGGCAGUGGUUGCGGAUGAUGGCAUCACUCAGUUCGCUACACUGACAUCCGGAAGCUGCUUUGGUGAGAUCAGCAUCCUCAACAUCCAGGGCAGCAAGAUGGGUAACCGCAGGACCGCUAACAUCCGUAGCAUCGGUUACUCGGACCUCUUCUGCCUUUCCAAGGAUGACCUUAUGGAGGCAGUAAUGGAAUACCCAGAUGCCAAGAAGGCACUGGAGGAACGGGGCCGGGAGAUCCUGCUGAAAGAAGGCUUGCUCGAUGAGAACAUGGGGGCAGGGCUGGGCGGGGAGGAGAUGGAGGAAAAGGUCGAGCGGCUAGAGGCCUCGCUGGACACCCUCCAGACCCGGUUUGCCAGGAUGCUCGGCGAGUACACGGCCACACAGCAGAAGCUUAAGCAGCGACUCACUCAGCUUGAGUGCCAUAUGCACUGCACUGGCAGCGGCCUACUGUCUGACGCUGAUGGCAACGAGAGCAGCUGUGAUGCAGACGGUACAUGCAGCGAGGCGCACAGCCUGCUGUAAACAUACCGGCUUUCAUCCCUAUAGUAUCCAUCAAUCUUCACAACGCACGGUGCAGGGGACACCCUGAAUGUGACACCUGUCCAAUCCAAAGCACACACAUGCAUAACAGGCAAUAUAGAGCCAAACAUUCUCCUUAAACACAAACCUUUGGAUUUUGGAAAAAAAACUGGAACAUCUGGAGGAAACCCAUUUUGGGUUACUGAUCUGCAUGUUUUGUACAGAGACAGUGAUGACACAGUCUUUCUGUCCUACAUCCGGCAAAACCACACGCAGCUUUGCCCUAAAAUUUCUGUAGUGGGUCCGAAAAUGUCAGAAACUUCAGUUUCAUUGAUUAUACUGUACAGUACAUAAUCAGGAGCCUGUCUAAGAUGGACAAUGUUUUUUUCCCCAUGUUUCCCUAUCUGGAUUUUUUUUCCAGGAAGAACAAUAAAAUGUUCCAUUUACAAUAUAAAUGGA